AAUCCUGACCGCAGUGUAUAUAUGCGUGUACAAUACGAGAAUAAUUGGUUAUACUCUGAUAAAUCAUCUUUAAUCAAGUAUUAGAAGGAUCCUGGUAAUUAAAAUUCGUGCGUUAAAAAAUAUAUUUCCGAUUAUUUUCGAGAAAUAAUUUGAGGAAGAGGAGAAUUAAACUUUCAUCAUCUUUGACGUCUCUGUUACUUCGAUGGCAUUGACAGGACCCGACUUGCCGAAGACUCCGGCUCCUCUGAAAAGCAUUCAUCAAUAUUUAACGAUCGCGGCGAAGCACGAUCAGCGAGACUGUGUCGUUAGUUAUUGGUGCCGUCUUUAUGCUCUUCAAACUGGAUUGAAGCUAUCUACGAAGACAUCGGAGGAAACAAAUUUCUUAUUAAAGUUAAUGGACUGGCUGGAGGCAACAAAGAAGGAAUUGCAUGACAACGAGGCCAUCACUAACGAUGUAGCUGCUCAAGCACACUUGGAAAAUUGGGCCUUGAAGCUCUUCUUAUAUGCCGAUAAGAACGACAGAGCUGCAAAUUUCUCCAAGAACGUAGUGCAGAGCUUUUAUACCGCACAGGUAUUGUAUGAUGUGUUGACACUGUUUGGAGAACUGAGCGUAGAAGCAGCACAGAAUCGAAAGUAUGCGCAAUGGAAGGCAGCUUAUAUCCACAACUGCUUGGUGAAUGGGGAAACUCCAGUACCAGGGCCGAUGAAAGAAGAAGGUGAAGAAAAUGAUGCUGUUGAGCCAUCGAACCAAGAUGUAGAUGAAGAUGCAGAUUUGAAUUCUGCAGCUGAAAGUCCCAAGGAUAAUACUCCCCAAAAUUUUCCAUCUAUUCCUGCAAAUCCACUAAGUACAAGAACUCAGUUAUUUGAUCCAGAAGAUGCUGCAUAUAAGACGGAAAGCGGUGCUACUCUGACGGUAGAGCAAAUUAGUAAGGCUCAAAAGUUUAUGAAAUGGGCGAAUAGCGCAUUGGACUAUGAUGAUAUAUCUACUUCUGUAAUGAAUCUGCGGAAAGCAUUGCAUCUUUUAACUACUGGCCAGGAACCUGCAUAGAGGAAGAAAGCGCAACUAUAUAACUGCUUGCUUUGCAAUUAUCUGCGUUAAACUUGUCGCCUGUUUCCUGUAAUGGUCAGUAAAAAAUAUUUUAUUAACAUUGAACAAUUUUUAUAUACGUGCAACUUUUUUGAAUACAGAUAAUAGAAGGCGAAAAUAGAAACAAGUUUACAAUAACUAGUCAAAUUGGCCUUGAAUAAUACGUAUGUGUUGCACUUAUAUAUAAUUAAAACGAAGGUUGUUACAGAUUACGUUUUUAGCUGUUGUUGUUCACAAUAAGAUAUAAUUGUAGAUUGAUCAUAUUUAUUAAAAUUACUUGCCGUGAGAACUUCAAUAUGUUCUCUAAUAAAAAUUCCAACGUCGCAAUAUUCUGUUCCUCAAAUAAUGUUUUUAAUAACAUUAUCAAUGUAAACAUUUUUUCAGAAAGAAA